UAGUUCGGAAGUGUUUUUGGUAGUGACGCCUGUAAGACAGGGCAGAGGAGCUCGAAAGCUUCAUACGAACACCCUGUGUAGGUCAGUAGUAUGUCCACUCUUGGGAACCUCACAAGGCUGCCAAAACUUUAAUGGAAUAGCACACAAGAUAAGAUGUUUAUCCGCAUUAUUCUGCUCCUGUGCUUUGUUGCACUGUCGUGUGCUACUAUUCCUUUUCUUCCAUCUCCCGUGAAGAGGUCUGUGAACUUCACGCACACUGAAGAAUGUGGCGUUGCACAUCCGGGAAUAGCAAGAAUCGUAGGCGGCGAUCGCUCUAGUCUGGACAAGUGGCCUUGGCUUGUGAGUCUUCGAUCUUUCCCAAACAAGAUUUUCUGCGGUGGGAGUAUCCUAACGUCCCGCCACGUUCUGACAUCGGCGCAUUGUAUGAAGCCCUUCAGGAACCUGCUAUUCUUGACGUUCGUCGUGGCUGGGGAGAAAGUAUCUUCUUCGGGCAACGGGCGUACAUUCAGCAUGCCUACUUUCACCCGAAAUACCAAAAGGGCCCCAUUUUAUGCAGACGUCGUCGUCGUCCUCCUCUCUGGUGACUUGGCUUUCGACACGGCAACAUCACCAGUCUGUCUCCCUCCGCCGGACUGGGUUCCCACGACCGGACAAGCCGUCACGGUAAUAGGCUGGGGACGAAUGUGGGAGAACGGCCUGUCCGCCUGGUUCCUUCGGGAGGUCACGGUCAACAUCAUAGAAGGGUCGAAGUGCAAAGAGGUUUUCGAAAAAGACUGGACGACUGGCAUGAUAUGCGCCGGCGCCCCAGGGAAGGACGCUUGUCAGGGGGAUUCGGGAGGGCCCCUCCUGCUCAAAACCGAAGACGGCACGUGGGUUCUCGUUGGACUGGUGUCCUUUGGCAUGGGGUGCGCCCGGGAGGACAUUCCGGGAGUUUAUUUGAAUAUUGCCCCGUUUCUUGAUUUCGUCAAUGCUUCCUUGUUGUUGACAUAAAAUACUAAGGAGAAUGUGUGAGGCUGGGCGGUUAUAUAGUUUAGUGAGCCAUGGAAGCUUUGCCUUGGGCGGAACACCUGAAUUUGACGUUGGUUAACGAAGGAAGUUAAAAGCCAUCUAAUAUUUUUUAGCAUUAACCGUUGAACAGUAUCUAGCUUCAGAAAGCAAUCGUUUUAAUAGCUGGAAAACAGCCCAGCUGUUUUGAAUGUUUGGUCGAUAUAAAAACUGUAUAAAAAGUACUUUUAUCAGAUUCUAUUCUUAGGAUUAUGCUCAUCUAUUUAAUACUGAUUUUUAAUCUUUGUCGUGUACUUUAUUUUUAUUUACUUUUGUAAAACCGGGAACUAAUAAAAUAUGCCAAAGACUUUUA